AAUACCCCUCCCUACGAAGAUGCCUCCUAAUGUGAUCAUGAUCCAUAGAGCGAAUCACCGAAAUCCCACAGCUUCCUAUAAAUAAAGAACGUUCGAUUUUCAUGUUUUAUUUUAGUUGAAAGAAAUCCUUCCUAUGAACAAACCCAUCAAGGAAGAAGAAGAAGAAGAAGAAGAAGAAGGGAGAUUAUGAGCCCUACACAAUUUCAUGAUCUCCACCACCACCACCAUGCAAAGAAGGAUACGAUGUCCAAUGGUAAUGCCGCUGCCCUGUGCCCUCCGCCCCUGAAAAUCAACAAAGACUCUCAUUUGAUCAGGAAAUCAUCAUCUUCGUCGUCAUCCUCGUCGGCAGCCUCCUCCCUAGGCGUCACCGGCACAGCCAAGCCUCCUCAACAGCAGCAACGCCACCCUGUCAUCAUCUACACGCACUCUCCCAAAGUCAUCCACACGCACCCCAAGGAUUUCAUGGCGUUGGUGCAAAAGCUGACGGGGCUUUCACGUAGUGAAGAUGACAAUCAUCAUAAUCAUCACCAUCACCACCAUCACCAUCAUCAUCAUAAUAAUAACCAUCACGACGCGCCUCAUCAACCCAAGGUGGAGAACGGUGCCGCCUCGGCGGAGGAAGAUAGCAAGAGGAUCAUCAAUGACGAUAAUGAUUCAUCAUCGGUUAUAACAGAUGAAAACGGUGAAGGGCAAGUUAACUCUUGCUUUGUACCGCCUUUGUUUGAUCCACCACCAGCUCCAUUUUUGACAAAUAUCCCAGUUUUUACGCCCAAUUCGGCUGAUUUUCUGUGCGUGAAUCAGCCUUUUUAUAAUUACACGGAUUCAUUGUUCUUCACACCAAACAUGAGGAGCUCCAUUUCAUCUUCAGGGUUGGAGGGGAUGAAUGAGUUUCGUGAUUUUUGAAGUUUUGAUUUUUUUUUUUUUGAGUCUUCUGUUCAUUAAUUUAUCAUUAAUUUUUUUCGGGUAGUUUUGAUUAUUUGGUUUUAUGAUGCAAAUAAGGGCUUCUGAUUUUGUUCAUGGAACUUCAUGAGGAAUAAAUUUUUUACAUUUAUUGAUUAA